AUGUCGUAUGUUACUGGUAUUGACAAGCGCGUGACAGAAACAGAAAUCGCAACCUCGUAUAUCGGGGAUAAGUUCGAAGAAAAUAAUAAUGCUUUGAUCGAAGCAAAAAAGCAGAUUAAAACACUUAAACAGUCUUGUUCAUCCUUUGAAGAAAAACUCAAAACAAUGUCCGACAACAAAGCAAACACUGAGAAAAAGUUACUUGAUCUUGAAAUGAAAUCAAUGAAGGACAACCUUGUGUUCUAUGGUAUACCGGAAGUACCGGCUGAUAGACCGGAAGACUGCCAAAAGAUCGUUCAAGACAUUAUCCAUAAACAUCUAGAAAUCACGGAGGACCUCUUUAUCGAUAAUGCAUACCGCCCUUUUCGUCGAAACGCGUCCCGGGAACCUCGCCCUAUAAUAGCUACGUUUCACUAUAACAGGCAACGUGAGCUAGUGCGUAAAACAUCUUUUGAGAAGAAUACUUCCCUGAAGGAAGCUAACAUUGGCAUAGGGGCUCAACUCCCGAAAGAGGUUCGAGAUGCACGCAAACCCUUGUAUAGCGUAAUGCGACAGGCAAAAAAUGCUGGGAAAAACGUUAAAUUUAUCGGUAAGGAGCUUUUUAUCAAUGGACGACUGUACACUUCAGCGACCCAUGAGCACAUGGACUCUAUUUAG